AUGCUUAAUCGGAUCCCCAUCUCCCAUUCCUCCUCACUCCUCAACAUAUCCCUGCCCUUCGCACCUAAGAACGUAAAACACCGCCCGAUUCCUACAUCCCCCACCGCAUCCAGGCGAUCCGCAUCCUGCACAAUCGCAAGUUCAACAUACCUCCCUCGCCAACUAACCGCCUUACAGCGGACGGAUCCUUACACUACGUCGUAUACGAGACAUGCGAGACGAUCGUCUGGACACGGGUUGCAAGCACAGGAUCCGCCCCGUGCAAGAGGAGAAUAUGCUCGACUAACUUGUGCGGUGGAAUUGCGUUUGCUUUUUGCGUUUUGGAAGAUACUUUCGGUCGCUGAUAUCGUGGAGCAGGGCCGCGAGGUGCACGACGGCCAGGCCAGUAAGGCCCCAGACAGGGCAAUCCCGCUGUACGAUAAAGAACUCGACUCUCUUUCUGACGAAUCACUCGCUGACCUCCUCAAGUCAGCUCCAAUCCUUUAUGAUCUCGGCAAACCGUCCAAUAAUUUUGUCUUAAAAGGCGGCGGCAAUUUGCUACCUUGUGAGGCAAAGGUACUCCAACUAAUUGCAUCAAGGUCCAACAUUCGAGCUCCUAGCGUUUAG